CUCUGACCUUCGUUUUUUCCCCGUCCAACCCGCCCUAACAACGAGCUCCAAGCGUUCUCGGCGUCUGAAGUAUCUUCGCCUGAACUGCUCAUCAUCUGCUGUAAUUCGUGGAAAGUUUCCGGCGCGCUCGUCGUCUUUUUUUCCGUGGCUGCCAGUCAUAUUACCCACACAUUUGCAGGGUGACGGUUAGUGAUAUCAGACACCGUCGGUUAUAUAUACAUUACCGGGUCAGUUGGUCGAUCUGCUGGUCUGUUGGGGUGAAAGAGACAUAAUCAUUGUCAUCCCUGGGAUCUAGAAUUGCCUUCGGUUUUCGCUUCAGGGGUCUUCUUCAAUAAUCUUGUCAGGGAUGAGCGUGGGAUUUUAAUCGCGUUCCAGGUGUCUUAAAUAAUAUCGACUUUUCACUUGUUAAUUCUUUAACCCUGCUGAGGAGCCUACUGUCGUCGUCAACAUGUCUGCCCUCCUCAGAAAGCUCGUCCACAAUGAGGCGAUACGAGAGGAUCCCAAGGAAAUCUAUGGGUGGAGAGUGUAUAUGCUUGCCUGCUCGGCAUGCUUUGGUGGUAUGCUUUUUGGGAUGGAAACAGGUAUCAUUGGGGGUGUUCUCACAAUGAAACCUUUCAUGGCGAAAUAUGGCCUGAACAAUCUGAGUUCAGUCGCCCAGGCAAAUCUGUCUGCCAACAUUGUGUCCACGCUGCAAGCGGGCUGUUUCUUUGGAGCCCUCAUCGCUUCGCAAGUGGCUGAUCGCUGGGGAAGAAAGCCCGGUCUGAUAUCGGCAUCGAUUAUGGCGAUCCUUGGUGUGAUCAUGCAGGUUGCCGCCAGUGGCCACCUGGAGGCCCUGUAUAUUGGACGACUAGUUACCGGCUUCGGUGUCGGUUUCGCCUCGAUGAUCAACCCCCUCUACGUGUCGGAGAACGCUCCUCGUGCCAUCCGUGGCAUGCUGACCGGGCUGUACCAGCUCUUCAUUACCAUGGGCAUCAUGCUGGCGUUCUGGAUCAACUAUGGCUCCUUGCUGCACAUCAGCGGCCCGGCCAUGUACCUCGUGCCGCUGGCCAUGCAGGCCCUCCCCGCCAUCCUCCUCCUGGUCGGUAUGCUCCUGUGCAACGAGUCUCCCCGCUGGCUCGCCCGCCAGGACCGCUGGGAAGCCGCGCGCGCCACACUCGCCCAACGCGAAUUCCAGGACAUCGUCGCGCAGCUCGAGCACGAGCGCCAGCUCAUCGGCGGCUCCGGCCCCUGGGACCUCAUGCGGGAAAUGUGGACGAUCCCGGGCAACCGCAAGCGCGCCCUCAUCAGCAUCUUCCUCAUGAUCUGCCAGCAGAUGACCGGCACCAACGCAAUCAACUACUACGCACCGCAGAUCUUCAAGAACCUCGGCGUCACCGGCAACGCCACCGGCCUCUUCGCCACAGGCGUCUACGGCAUCGUCAAGGUCGUCGGCUGCGCUGUCUUCCUCGUCUUCGUCGCCGACUCCCUCGGCCGCCGCCGCUCCCUCCUCUGGACCUCCAUCGCACAGGGCCUCACCAUGCUCUACAUCGGCCUGUACGUCCGCAUCUCGCCCCCCAAGACCGGCGAGCCCGUCAUCCCCGCCGGCUACGUCGCCCUCAUCCCCACCGCCCGCCUGCGUGGCCUGAACGUCUCCUUCGCUGCCGCGACCCAGUGGCUCUUCAACUUUGUUGUCGCCCGCGCCGUCCCCAAUAUGCUUGCUACCGUCGGUGCGAAUGGUUACGGAACGUACAUCAUCUUCUCCUGCUUCUGUCUCUCCAUGUUUGUGUUCGUAUGGUUCUUCAUCCCUGAGACCAAGGGUCUCUCACUCGAGAAAAUGGAUGAGUUGUUCGGCGUCACCACUUCCGAGAAUAGCAAGGUGGCCGAUGCCGAGCGGGCCAUGAGUUCGACGACCGACAAGGAGGCUGAGACCAUCGUUGAGACAAGGGUCGAAAGGCAAUAGAUAGCUAUGCGUGUAAUGUCCUGGUGAGAGAGUUCUGGU